AUGAAAACAAAAUCUAUUGAAACAAAACCGGAAAAUUCAACUAAAGAAAAAAAUUCAUCUGAAUGUCCAUUCGAUUUUGAUGUAUGUCGAAAAGCAUUAAUAGCUCUUAAACAAAUUAUUAAUAAUGCUCAACAAGGUCAUAAACAAUUAUUAGAUGAAUCAACACCAAUAAGUCUUUAUCUUCACGUACAUAAAAUACCUCGAUGUACUUAUCUUCGUCUUUCAUCUCAAUUACCUCAUCCAUUUAUACAACAAAAUACACGUGAUGUGUGUCUUUUUGUACGUGAUGAUGAUAUUAAUGGUCGAGAAUAUGAAUCAACAAUACGUCGUUAUAAAUCAAUGAUUGAUCAGUUUAGACUUCCAUUCAAUGUCGACAUCAUGACACUUAAACAACUUAAUCAAGAAUUAGUUCCAUAUGAAGCUAAACGAAAAUUAUGUUCACGUUAUGAUCUUUUUCUUGCUGAUCGACGUAUAAUGACAUCAUUAAUGCGUGGUCAAUUACUUGGUAAACAUUUUCGUUAUCAUGGAAAAAUGCCAUUAGGUAUUAAUGUUUUCAAUAAAGAUUUUAAACAACGUUUAUUAUCAUUAUGUUUAUCAACAUAUGGUCGUAUGGCUGGUACAGGACCACUUUUUUCUAUGUAUUUUACAACUGUUAAACAAUCUAUUGAUCAUGGAAUUGAAAAUCUUAAAACAAUUUGUCAAACUAUUGGCAAAGAAUUGCCUGGUGGUUGGUUAAAUGUUAAUCAUGCUUAUUUAUAUGGAAAUAAUUUACAAUCAUUACCAAUUUAUUAUAGUACACAUAAUAAAAAUGAUGUUGAAAAAUUAAAUCUUCCAUUCAAUAAUCAAAAUGAAUUAACACAAAUAGGUGAAUUAUCAACAUUAGAAAAAAAUCUUAAUGUUAUUGUAGGACCAAAUGGAAAAAUAAAUUUAACAAAAAGAACUAAAUUAAAUAAUAAUAAUAUUAAAAAGAAAAAACCAACAAAACGUUUACAAAAAACUUGGAUAAAAGGUAUACAACAACAACGUUCAACAAAAACUAAACCAAAAAAAGAAAAGAAAACUAAAAAAGGUGAAGAUUUACCAGUUUUUAAUACUGAUAAUAAACCUUUAGUUGAUACUGCAUUUGUUAAACGUGUUGCUGAUACUAAACUUGCCAAAAAAAAUGAAAAACCAAAACAUAUUGAACAAAAUUAUGCUAGUAAACCAGCACCAAAAGCUGAAAAACGAAAACGUCUAUUAGCUGCUGUUAAACAAGCUGCAACACAAAAUAACAAUGAUGAUGAUGUUCCAACAUUAAUUGAUGAUAGUGAAGAACGAAAAAUAAAAAGUGGUGGAAGAAGUAAAAAAAAAGUUCGUGUUAAUGUUUAA